AUGUCCCUCUCUCUCCUCUCACAGGGCAGCGAUGCGGAUAAGAGUGAUGAUAAUUUGGUGGUGGAUGAGGACCCCUCGUCCCCCCGCAGUGUGCAGUCCUACUCGUCCAGGGAGAACGGCCUGGACAAGAUGCCCCCGUCCCGUAAAGAAGCCCCCCCCCAGGCCAGCCCGGCCUCCCUGGCCUCCUCCAGCAGCGCACCCUCCCCGUCCCGCGGCAAAGAGCCCCCACAGAGGGAGAAGUCCAGCACUCCAGGUAUGAAGCCGGGGACCCCCAUGUCUCAAGAGUCCAACACCCCGGGGCCCAGCGGACCCCCACAGUUCAGACCUGUCCCCGGCAAGCCUGGUGUCGACCCCCUCGGUAAGAUCCUCCACUUAUAUGGCUCUUAUUCCCCCAACAUCUUCCCUGCCUAAUUGAUAAAUCAGGCAUUGAACUUCACAACCCUAAAGUUAGUUUGAGGUUAAAAUAUGAAUCUUGCCGACAUCACUGGAAACUCAGGAGACUAAAAGGCAAACCUCUCCACCCAGCAUCAAUUAGAAAUAUGAAUGUACCUCUGCAGAAUUCUUAUCCUC